AUGAUGUUGGAAUUAAUUAAUGUAAUUUUACUCAUUCCUAUUUUCUAAAUAGCAACAAUAAGUUUAAAAUAAUUGCAAAAAAUAUCUUAAUUCUUAAUAAUUACCUUAAGAAUUCAGUGAUAUUUGUUUUUGAUGAUGAUAUUGAAUUGAUUAGUGUAAAAUCAAUUUAGAAUACACUUAUAGAAUCUUCAAUUUUAUCAACAUUAUUGAUUAUCAAUUAAUAAAGGGUUUUUUGCAUAAUUGAUGAUUUUGAAGAUUAUUAAAGUGCUUUAUAAGAAUCAAGCAUGAUAACUAUUUAUUCAAGUCUUCAAAUUAAUAAUUUCAUUGUUAUUAUUAAAAAUUUUUAAGUUUAAGAAAAUAAACUAUUAAAUACUUUAUAUCUGAAAAUUUUCCUAUUUAAAUUACAUUGCCAUUCAUUAGUAAUCUAAAAUGCGAAAUUCUUAAAUUUACAAAAUAUGGCAGUGUUUUAUCUUUUUGAAAUCAAUUAGAUUGUAUUUGAUUCUGUAAUAUUAGAAAAUUAUUAAUAAGACCAUAAAGUUCUUAUUUCAUAAUAUUGUAUUGAUCAAGUCUAAUUUAGGAGUUAAUUAUUGUAAAUUACAGCUUUUAGUAAUUAUCAUUGUCAAAAAUUAAAGUUAUAAAUCAAUUUAGUAUUAAUUAUUCAUUAAUUGAUAUUAAUUUUAGUACUUAAUUCAUUAUUGAUUCGAUAAGAUAAGUAAUAUUAGUGAAUGUAUAAUUUAAAGGGAAUAUAUUAUUAAAGAACAAAUAAUCCAAUUAAUUAUCUUUGAUUACUAUUUUUUCUCAAUAUAAUUUAAAUAUUAAACUAAUUGAUAUUUAACUAAUCUAAAACAUUGUAAAUCAAUAAAUUGAUGAACCACUUGACUCAUAAACUAAUCUAUAACAUAUAAAUUCAUUAGAUAGUUUUGUUUAAAUUCAUCAAUUAUAUUGUAAUCAAAAUGCUUUAACUAAUUCAACUAAUCCAUUCAUAACUGUUACUGCCACAUCACUUGAAAUUUCUAAUUUAAUAUUUAUGAAUUCUAAUGUUUUAUCGUAAACUUAAUGGUAACAUUUUUAUGAUUUUGAAUUAGAUGAUAAAUAUAAUCAACAAGAAAUUAAUUUAAUUAUUCAAUCAACAUUUAAAAUAUUAAAUUAAGGAAUUUAUGUUGUAGCUUCCACUUUUAGUUGUACAGAAAGUUUUUUUUAAGAAAUUAUUGCUUUUAAAAGUUCUAUUUUCUCAAUCAAAACUCAAGGAUAAGGAAUAAUCAAAAUUAAUAAAAUUUAGAUCGAUUCUGUUUAUACAAAUUUGUAAGAUAGUGGUAGCACAGGUUUUAUAAAUAUAGAUUCAACAAACAGUCUUUUAUAUAUUGAGCUAAAAUAAAUAAAAUUUACAAAUAUCUUUAAUAGAAUGAGUGCUUCAUUAUUUACUAUUACAUCCUCUUUAAAAUAAAAUAUUAUUCAAAUAAAUAAUAUUGAAAUAAAAAAUAGCCUUUCCUUUAAUGAACACAAUUAUUUAAGUUAAAUUUUCAGCAUAAAUAAUGAAAGAAAACUAAGUAAGUAUUAAUAAUUUAUCAAUUUAUUCAAGUGAAGAAGUGUGGAUUAAAUUUUUUUCCUAUAUUGGCCAAAUAACAUAAUCUGAAUUAGAAAAUAUAUAGAGGGAAGAUAACUUGAUGAUAUAUUUUGAAAAUUGCAAAAUUGAAUUAAAAAAUCUAUGGGUAGAAGGAAUAACUAUUUCUCCAAUUUUAAAAUUCUCAAAUAUAUUUAAAUUAAAGCUAUUAGAUUGUAAGAUAAUAUCUAUUUAAAAAUUACAUUCAUUUGAUCUUAUACAUCUAACUUAAACCUUAAUAAUAGAAUCAAAAAUUUAUGUUGAAAAACUGAAGAUAAUAUAAAGUAAUAGGAUGAAAUUCCUAUUUUUUAAAAUUUCAAUUAUUAAAUUGCAGUUUGCAAUAUUUGGAGAUAUACAUCAAUAACACAAUAAAUUAUUUAUUCCAAUAUAAUAAGUUAGUUUUAAUCUUCUGAUUAUCAUUCAAAUCAGAUGAUGUAUGUACAAAGCAUUUCUGACUAAAAUUCUCUUAUUUUUUAAGAUAUUGAAUUGAUUAAUAAUAAUGGAACAGACUUUUCAGAUGGAAUAAUCACAUUUGAAGUUGAACAAUUUAAGAUUUUUAAAAUAAUUAAUUUUUUUUGCUAUCAGAAUAGUGUGAAAUAAAAUGGCUGCAUUUAUUUUUUAAUUUAAAGUAUUAUUAAUUAAAUUAUUAGAAUCAGAGAUUCGAAUUUCAUAGAGAAUAUCGAAAUCUUGGAGGUGCAAUAUUAAUUUAAAACGUUAGAUUAAAGAUGACAAAUUGUAAAAUAAUAUCCAAUUAUGUAAAGCAAAUCUGGUGGAUUGUUUUUAUAAUUAAAAAGUACUGAUUUUUAAAUUAAAUCAACAAUUGGGGAUAAGGAAAUUAAAUAUGUGAUUUGGGCAUAUAGGAGCAUUGUGUGAAGAAUGUGAUAUUUAUAAUAUAAGAGGGGGUGGAAAAUAUUUAAAAAUUAAGAAGUUGUAUAUCUUGUUUUGGUGUUUAGGAUAGUAUAAUCCCAUUCAUUGGGGCAUCGAUUUGGUAAUUUAAUUUAAUAUUCAGCUCGUUUAUAUCAAUCAUUAUCGCCUUAAGAAGCAUUGAUUAGUCUAAUCAAUUAUUCAAAAAUUUUAAAUUAUAAUAAAGGUUUAGCAAAAUUAUUUUUAACCUAGAAUAAGGUAAAUAAAUCAUUUAUUUUUAGGUCAUGAAAGUUUUUUAAUUAAAAUGUUAUUAAACUAUUUAUGGAUCUAUUCUGUUAUAUUUACAUUCAAUAUAAAAUUUUAAUUUUCAUUUACUUUUGUUGAUUCAGCAAGAAAUACUUCUUACUAUUUGUCUAACAAUUUAGAUUGUUAUUUAUCAGAAAAUCAAUCAAUAAAAUUGAUUUAUUCUAAAAUAAUUACGAUGCUUGUAUUAAUGACAUUCUAAUUCAUGCUUAUUAUAAUUAUAAUUCUCAUCUACAAUUAAUUGGAAAAAAAAAAUAAAAAUUUAGAGAUUAUUUCUAAUUCUCUACUCUACCUUUACAUUUCAAAUUAUGGUGGUUUGAUUAAAAUGUAAUUUUAUGAUUUUUAUUUUAGGUAUUUUUCAAUUAUCUCAAAAAGAGAUAUUUCAAGUUAGAGUUACAUUCAAGGUGAUGUUUCUCUCCUUUUUGGAUCUAAAGAACAUUUAAUUUGGAUUUUUUCUUUGUUAUUCCAGGAAUAGGAGUUUUUAGUUUGAUUAUUCCUCUUUUUCUUUUUAUUGUCAUGUACAUUAAAAAAGAUUAGCAUGUAGCAUUUAAAUUAGAAAACAUUUUUGUUAUCUAAUUAAUGAAUACAAUAAUAGAAGUUAUUUUUGGGAAGAAAUAAAACUCAUUAAAAAGACAAUUAUUAUUUUAAUUUUAACAUAUUUUGAGACUUAUAUUUUACUAAAAGCAUCAUUGUUGGGAUUAUGUUUACUUUUUUAUUAGCUCCUAGCUUUUAAAAAGAAACCAUAUAUUCUUUCCAAUUUUAAUAGUAUGGAUUUAUUUUCAGCACAAAUUUGCUCAAUUACAAUUUUUCUUAGUGCUGUUUAAUAUGUAUCAGAGUAAGAACAUAAUUAAUUUUCAUCAAUAUCACUCUCUACUUUUAUUGUUCUUUUUUGUCUUAAACUUUGCUAUUCAUUUAUCAAGGGUAUAUUAGAAGUUUACACUAUAAAGUAUUCUUUCUUAAUCUUAAAAUUUUUAAAUUUAAUUUUGAAUAAGAUUUGGCCCGAUUCAAAUUUAACAAAAAAGUUAUCCAAACAUAUACAAAGAUCAAGUUAAAGAAAUGAGAGAUUGAAAUUUUUGAUUCAUAAACUUCAAUAAUAUUUGAUAAAAAUUUCUAAAUCUUAAAUUGAAAAUCACAGAAAAAUUCUAAACCUUCAAAGUUAAAUUACUAAAUCCUUACAGUCCGAAUUAAAAUACCUUUUAAACACCGAUACCAAAUGA